AUGAAUGACGAUGACGACGUGGAAGAGUUCAGCAAAAAGUAUGUGGUGGAAAAAAGGCUGGUUACACAGUACCUGGAACAUCUUCGCGAACUAGAAAGAAGGAAAAAAAAGAGGGAAGAUAGCAGAAAGCGCGCAAAUCUGGAAGAAAAGAGAAAGACCUUUGAAGAUUACAACUGGAAAGCUAUUUACAGGGAAGGAAAAAUAAAGAAACUGAAAGUUGUUGUAUUGGACAUGUAUAUAUCAAUGAGAAAUUUGAAGCAGUCGAAAGGGGCGUUAAAGCAAGAAAAAGUCGAUAUCGUAUCACUUGACAUAGCAAAGUCGCUAGUCCCUGAUAACCGUCAACUUUCUGAUGAUGACAGAGAUAGUAACGACCAGGAUUCUGGUGACGACGAUGUUGUCGUGCAGGAGAUUGGAAGUGACGAGGAUGAUAUUGAUUCCGACGACGAUGAAGGACAAAUUUAUGAAGGUGAUGCGGGAGAAGAGGAGGAGGAGGAAGAAAACAUUUCCAACCUUUUGCAGACCAUAAGAUCUGGUAGAGUUUGCCGGACAUGGAAGGGACGAGCCAGUGCUAUAGACUAA